AUGCGACUGCUCAGAAUCCUCGCUCUCUGCUCCCUGGCCCUCAGUGCCCCUUAUUCACCAUCCGACGUCGCCGCGGAGUCUGACACCGGGGACUUCGAGCGACGAGUUACUAAAGAAUCAGCGGGCACCGCAGCCGUCUUCAAAAUCGAACGAUUCUAUGCCGGGGGUCGAUCGAAGUCGGAGUGGAACUACGUCACGUUCGCCGCUCAGGUGACAGCCGGAGCCGCCUUUGCCGAGUGCUCCAUUGCCACCAACACUGGGCCCAAGGUGCCUACGAUCGAGAAGACGGAGUGCAGAAAUGCCACAUCAUUGAACAAGGUCAUCAAGUGGAGCCUCGAGCCCAUGGGCACGGGAAUGAUGCAUUUCAACGUCUGGUGGGAGUUCACGAGCCACGCUCACCUGUAUGGAGGUGUGCACAUGUAUCAGUCGUGGUUCAAGGAGUGGACGGUGCAGGACGGGAGCAAAGUGCAAGAGUACGUAGGGCCGCACAGCUUCACUUUGGACACUGUGAUGAGUCCGACUCAACCAGGAGAGGAUAGAGGCAUUAAAGAGAGCCACUUGUGA